AUGGCUUCCUAUGCAGCCGAGGAAGUGUUGCAACAGUACCUGGCAAAGUACGGUGCAAGGCCACGCACACCAGAUCAGCUAUGUGCGUUCGCGAGACAUAGUGGCCAGAACCUCACAUUUGCCCUGGCGCGACGGGUGCUGGCAGCCACCGGUACCUCCGCGAGCCAACAGGCUGGAUCGUCGUCAGGAUCAUCAGCAUCCGCAUCAUCGCCUGCAUCACCUGCGGCCGUGGACGCGGGGGGAUGGUUGCAGCAAUAUUCCCGGGACUAUGGCCACCCCCCUUCCUCAGCUCAGCAGCUUUGCGCAUUUGCCACGCAUCGCGGUGGCAGCCUGUCUUUCGCGGAUGCACGGCUUGCCAUGGGCGAGACAGUACCUCCGCCGAUCCCAGAGAGUUCGAGAUUCCCGUGGCUGCAGGACCUGUUCGCGCUCAAUCAGCACUAUCGCACGUUGGCUACGAUGAUUUUCGCAAGAUUAGACAUGCAGCAGAAUUUCGACAUCGAGCAGCCGGUGGCGGCGCCGACGGUCUCUGCGAGGCUACCCUUGCAAGACAUUGCCAGGCUCAUGGCCUUAGCAAAACCUGCCACCGUGCAGGAGGGUUUCGAGUGCUCCAUAUGCUUGAGCACGCAUAGCCCAUGUGCACCGCCAAAGUGGGUCCAACUACCGUGUUUGCAUGUCUUUCACCGGAGUUGCUACCGUGAGCUGGUGCAAUACAGCUGCUUCAACUUGAUGUUGAACUGCCGUUGUCCCUUGUGCAGGCUUGACUUAUGGGAGGCGCUAAAUCAGGCGCACACCUGGAAUUCGUCAAGGACUUCCCGAAGUUAG